CAGCGGCUGACAAAUAGCUCAUACCUCCGCGGCUCACACACACGCCAACACACGCACACACGCACACAAACACAGUGGGUAUGAACUCGGACGGGCUCGGGAGUUUCUGGUCACAGGUUCGCUCUCGGCUCCAGAUUUUCUCUCCAAAAAGAAGCAAACCUGGGCAGGAGUAAAGCGUAAAACCCGCAGAGGACGCACAGAGGCGCAGAGAGGUCGGCUACCUGUGCGUGAUAGUUUGUGUGAUCCAGAAGCUGAGGAUAACUUUGAUCUGUUGAUCUCCGGACUAUAGCGGCACAGCAGAGGGAAUAUGACAGCUGUCUUGGGCCACUGAAGGAGUGAUAAUCGGGGUACGCGCUUGGUGUCUGUUCAGGUGACCGCACGGCCAGAUUAUGCAGCAUCCUUUGGACAUGGGGGCGCAUUACUAUCCUCCGGAAGUUCAUCCCGACCACAGAACUCAUCGCUACAGGAGUUUCAUGAUAGAGGAGAUCCUGACUGAUCACCCGGAGCACAAAGCGUCGGCUCCGGCCGGGGAGUUCCUUAAAUUCGGGGUACAUGCGCUCCUGUCCGCUCGGCCUUUCCCGAACCAACUGGUGCUCAAAGCCGACCAGACGAGCCUCCUCAAGUUCCCCAUCUCCCCUCUGUCCUGCUCGCUGGGCUCCCCGCUCGGCUCCCCGCUCCUGUCCGCGGGUCCGGGCAUGCAGGUCGGCGCGGCGUCGCACCACCUGCCGCUGGACCUGCACCUCCGCGGAAAGCUGGAGCACGGGGCCGACGGAGGCAGCAAGACCAAGAAGGGCCGCCGCAGCCGCACCGUGUUCACGGAGCUGCAGCUGAUGGGCCUGGAGAAACGCUUCGAGAAGCAGAAGUAUCUGUCCACGCCUGACAGAAUAGAUCUCGCCGAGUCUUUGGGCCUCAGUCAGCUGCAAGUGAAAACAUGGUACCAGAACAGAAGGAUGAAAUGGAAGAAAAUUGUGCUGCAAGGAGGAGGCCUCGAGUCGCCGACGAAACCGAAAGGCCGCCCAAAGAAGAACUCCAUUCCCAGCAGCGAGCAGCUCUCCGAACAAGAGCGAUCCGCCACUGACGCCAACCCCCAGUCCGACGGGUCCAGCUCCCACUUAGACAGCCCUCAGGAGGACUGACCCGGCGCGGCGCGCACACGCACCCUGACUGCACGCAGCAGCCCCGCGGCGCUCAGCGCGGAUCUUUCUGAUGGGGCACAGGGAGGACGUGCUGAUGCUUCUGAAGCUGGACCGUGUUGUACGGACUCCAAAGACUCGCGGGGGCCCGCAGAAACCCGAACUGUGCAAGCCAACAUCCUCCAGCAGCUGCUGCCGUAGCCCCACCAUGCACUCCCUCAUGGUGAAGUGGCCGCUGUUGGGGAGGGAACUCAAACCUUUGCAGUAGGUCUACCAUUUAUAUUCUAUGGAUCCACUCACUCGACUGU